UCCCAGUGCGGUGCCCGUCACAGCGGUAACGUGGAGGUUUGACUUCAGUGACGGAUGAUCAGAUGAUCCGCCGCAGCAGCGUCUCUGACAGGCGCUUCAGUUUCAUGUCACUCUGAUGAACAGAGUCUGUCAGCUGUGAGAUCAUAGUAUGAUGAUCCAGGGACUUUAGUUUCUAUCUGUGGUCGUUUAUUGCUGUAGCUGUAAUGGAGAGCGUGUAUCGGCAGGGCGUGUGGAUGGCGGAGGCGCUGCAGCUGAGAUCCGGAAGCUAUGAAGAUUUCUGGCUAGUUUCUUCUCAUCUGGGAGACCCGAAAGCUGCGGUUCUGCUGGUCUUUCCAGUGGUGUUUUACAUUCAUCGACAGACUGGCAUCGCUGUGCUCUGGGUAGCAGCUCUAUCGGAGUGGUUUAAUAUGGUUUUCAAAUGGAUCCUGUUUGGCGAGAGGCCUUAUUGGUGGAUUGGAGAAUCUGGAUUGUUUUCUAAAAACCCACCAAAAGUCCAGCAGUUCCUGUCCACCUGUGAGACUGGCCCAGGCAGUCCGUCGGGUCACGCCAUGAUUACCGGCGCCGUGUGGUGGGUGAUCGUCUCUUCGCUGGCCUCCUUCCUUCACAAUCGCACAGGCAGUAAGAUAUUAGCUGCAGUGCCGUAUCUGUUGUAUGCAGUAUUUUUGGGAUGUGUAGGCCUUUCUCGAAUCUUCAUCUUGGCUCACUUCCCACAUCAAGUCAUUGCAGGUUUUCUGACAGGUGUGUUGCUGGGGAUUUUUCUGAAGCGGACUGUGCCUGAAUGUCGCCCUCUGCUGUUCUUCUUUUGCUUCAGCUUGACUUUGCUGUUUGGAGCUAUUCUAAUGCAUGGAGCCCUGCAGAAGAUUGGGGUUGAUCUUUCCUGGUCCAUCUCACUGGCUAAGAGGUGGUGUUCUCACUCCGAGUGGAUCCGUAUGGACACGACGCCCUUCUCCUCUCUGAACCGCGAUUCUGGGAUUCUGCUGGGACUCGGACUUGCAGAGUACUGGAAGCCGGGUGGAUGGGCUCUUCCGUGGGUUCCCAGGACUCUCUGUCUGGCCCUCUCGUCCUUAGCCCUCCACUACAUCAGCAGUUUCCCCGUGCCCAGCGCUCCUGCUCUUCUCUUCUACUCGCUGUUCUUUCUCAAAUACAGCAUCGUGCCGCAGGUGGUCAUGGUGUUGGUGCCGGGAUUUGUGCAUCUCCUCACGGCCAAACCCAAGAGGGAGUAAAAGUCAGCGUUGCAGCUUUUGGUGUUUGAACCAGCCAUCAAUCAUAGUUCUUGACACAGAAGAACCAUCAGCUUGAAGAUCAAUCAUAAAUGGAGUUCUGGUUGAGCUUUAAUGAAUGCUUUCGCAGCAGAAGUAAAAACUUUGUGCCAAAGAAAGUUUUAAGUAAAAAUGUUUCUUGUUGUUAUUGUUCGUUGAUGAUUCUUUUAAAAAGUACUCUGUUUUACUUCUGUUGUUGAUUCUAUUUAUUCUUUUCCUUUUGAAUUUCCUUUUGAAAACUUGAAUUGUCCCAAAAUAUUUUGUGGUUAUAAUAAACUUGCUUAUGAGCAAAAACAAUAAUAAUUUUUACAUUUUCUGUUAAGAAAUGUGAUUUUCUCUUCUCAGCAGCCAGGAUGAUUUUAGGUUUCAUACAUGACUGUUUAAAGGAAUAGUUCAACCAAAAAUGAACAUUUUCUCAAAAUGCGUUUACCAUCCGAGAUGUAGAUUUUGUUUCUUCAUCAGAUUUGGAGAAAUGUAGCAUUCCAUCAAUUGCUCACCAAUGGAUGCUCUGCAGUGAAUGGGUGCCGUCAGAAUCGCAUUGCAACAAUCCACAAAUUUCUUACAAACAUGCAGCUUUUGGCAUCUCAAGAUGUGAACUGAUGGACUGGAGUGGUGUGGACUACUUGUGGAUUAUUGUGAUGUUUUAUGGACUCUCAUUCUGACGGCACCCAUUCACUGCAACUACAAGGAACGCUGAUAAAACAAAUAAAUGUUGAAUUUUGGGUGAGCUGUUUCUUGAAUACUUAUGGUACUCGUUUUGAUUAAAUAAUCUGGUUAUUAGCAGUUCUGUAACGUCUAUGUGAAGUGCUGUAAACCGCAAUAAAAUGAACUUGACCAGUGUUACACAUUUCUUAUCCUGAAGCAUAAAGCAC